GUAAAAUUUCCAAACAAUCUUAAAGUAAACAAACUACGUCGUGAAAGACGUUGUAGAACGCUUCCAAUAUUUACUCACUAACUUCUUUGGUUAAACGAGACAACAGCACGCAUUGCAAAGUUCACCAAAGUGUCGCCAACGGUUACCUAGUCCCCACAAUCGAAGCCGUAUUUCUCAAACAUCAAGUCUUGAGUGUUAUGCACGCCAGCUGCGCAUAGGUACUUGUCACAAAUACUAAUCACAGUCCUAUUUUGCUAACUUAUUUCUGUCCCUAACAAUAAUUAUGUCCGAACCAGAUAUUGUAGACAUGGCACACCGUGACCCAAAGGACUUGAAUUCCCAUGUUCAGGUUUUAUAUGAAGAAGUCCUUGGUGAACCAGAAGGUUCUCAUAGUAUCGACGGAGUAUGGAGAUGUGCCUUCAAGUGUUUCAGUGGAUCCCGGGACCUAUGCUAUCGCAUUCUUUCGGUGCUGUGUGCCGUUCCUUUGGCUUUCUGUUGGGGCUGUGAGUUCGCAGCCCUCUCCUUCUACCACAUCUGGUGUGUGACUCCAUUUUUGAAGAUGUACGUCAUCAACAUCAACUCUUGCAAGGUCGUGUAUCGCGCUUGCUACUCAGCGUGCUGUGAUCCGUGCUUCGAGUCGUGUGGUCGUGUAUUCUCUGACAUCCGGAUGACCAAAAUCAACGCCUAGCAAAAUAUUUCUUUUUAUAUUUGCGAACGAAAAGAACUAUUAAAUUAUUCUGCUUAAAAUUAUUUGUUUUUAAGCAAACAAAAUAAUGCCUAAUAAUGUGACUGCAAAACAAUAUGCAUAGUCCAUGUGUCUGAUUUGAAAGUGCGUUGAUGUUAUAAUAGAUACACUUUUUUAUAAGAACUAAUAAAAUUUUGCAUAGGCUCAGUGUUCUUAUUUUUUUGCCGAUUUCAGGCUCAAAAAGAUCUUAUUUGUUCUUAUGUUACUCACUUUUCAAACAGAAAAUUCUUAUUCUUAUUCUUUAUUGCCAGAAACAAUACAAAACAAUUAUUAUUGUAUCAGUAUACACUAUACUGGAAUGUAGGUAAAAGCGGUGAAAAAAGAUCCCUGAAAAAAAUGUCACCAGAAAAAAGGCCCCCGUCAAAAUGGCCCAAAUUAUAAAGAGUAUUACAUAGUCACACCUACUGCAUAUAAUGUAAAGAUAUAAUCUUUUGAGUUUUCUAGUUUUCUUUUUAAAUAAAAAUCUCAUUUGAUAUUUUA